AUGGCACAGAACAUCGACUCUUCGAACAACUCACGACCCGAAUCGGACGUCGCGAUGAAGAUGGGCCCACACCGGCUUGACUAUCUUCGUCGCUUACGCCCAACAUCAAGCUACGAAGAAGAGAGUCGAAGCUUCAUAGGACCGGAGAAGUCACCGAGAAGAUCAGCCUUUUACAAGGUCAUAAUUGGCGACUUCAACGCCAAAGUUGGCCCAAAGAACGCCGGAGGAACUUCACACGGGACCCACGGCCUACAAUGGAAUGACCAGGGGAGAGGCUUCCGAGUUCAUCAGACGACUAAGACCAUCCAGGAACUGCAAUCCAGAAGCCCCCCUCUACGCUGGACGUGGGAGUCACCCGGUGGAGGGACCGUAAUAGAUAGACCACAUCAUCGUCAAAAAAGGUUCUGCCGACGGAUGUCGCUGUUGUACCAAAGUUCUAUACGGGAUCGGACCAUCGCCUCCUCCGAGGAAGAUUUUCUUCACGCGGAGAGCAGAGAAAGCCGCCAAGUUCAGCAAGAGAAUCCCAGAACUACCAUCAACUGGGAUCCUUCGCUGGACGUUAGCCGGCUUUGGGAAGAUUCCGCAAUGGACAACAUCGACGAGGAAUACGACCGGCUUGUCAAACACCUCAUGACGCGGAAGAAGGCGAGAGUAUUAAAACAACCAAGAGACGCGUCUCUGAAACCAGCGAACGCCAGCGGAGCAGCACGAGCCGCAGGGAACCAAGAGCUUACGUCGAGCCGCAAGGCUUGCAGAGGCGAAAAGAAAGACCUUAAAGGAGAAGAGCAGAAGUGCGGCAAGCAGCAGAGGCGAAAAACAUCCGCUAUGCCGCCGAGACUUCCACGCAAGACAAGGAUGACAGCUCGGAACCCGAAGGGAACAACCAUUCAUCGAGAAGGGGAAUGGAAAAUCAUCACGACUCUACCGAUCUCUCACAGCGUGCCCAUGCCUCCCACCAUCUGA